GAUAAAAACCGCAAGAUGGCAAUAAAGUCGAAGCAAAUUGGAAAAAGUGGAUAGGGGCAGCGAGCGAUGCGACCAUUUCAAAGCGCUCUUCUCGGCCCCUCUCUCUCGGGGCCUGGAGAAGGAGAGCCGAUGGUGAUGGGGAUGGCGAUAGGGAUGGCAGCGAGCCUCGCGGGCCUCGCCCUCCUCCUCAUGCUCCUCCUCCUCCUCCUCCUCUUCGUCUUGGCCUGCCGCCCGUGGCGCUUCUUCCUCUCCUCCUCCUCCUCCGUCUCCCGCACCGCCAUCGCUGCCGUCAAGCCUGAUGAUCUUGACAGACCUCUUUUCGCUGAGAAUUUGGAUCAACCAUCAGAACAAAGCUAUGAUUUGGUUAGAAGCUACGGUCAGGAGUCGCUCAUUCAAAUUGAUGGAAAUACCAGUUCUCCGAGAGCACAUGGACGUGUCAGUAAGAAAAGGGUUCAGCCAACUGAUUCUUAUGGCAGUCAAGGAGAUAGCCUGAUUCUUGAUGUGGUCACUGAAAGUUCUGACGAUUUGCAAUUUGGCCAAACACUUAAGCGUACGGUGGUGCCAAAUUGGCCUGUUGAGAACAUAAAAGAUGUUAGGAGGGAAUCCAGCUAUAAUGUGGAAUUCAUUAGUGACAAUGAGAGAAAUCUGGCUUCUGCAUUCAAGGAUAUUUCAUUUAUACAAAGCAGUCUGACUCUGGAAGUGAUUGCUGGUCCUUCUACCGGGCUAAGCUGUUCUCGACAGUCAGCAAACAUUUCUAUGCUUCCACUGACCCUUGGAAGGGUUUCCCCAAGCGAUUUAUUACUGAAGGACUCUGAGGUUUCGGGGAAGCAUGCACGUAUAAAUUGGAACAUAAAUAAAUUAAAAUGGGAGCUGGUGGAUAUGGGUAGCUUGAAUGGAACAUACCUGAACUCUCAGGUAGUCCACCAUCCAGAUUUUAACUCUAGACAUUGGAGUGAACCUGUUGAGCUGGAAGAUGGGGAUAUUAUCACUCUUGGCACUUCUUCGAGAUUAUCUGUUCAAAUUUCUCGGCAUGUUGAAUGUGGUAUACCUGUUGGAGUUGGUAUAGCAUCUGAUCCAAUGGCCAGGCGCCAAGGGGGAAAGAGGCUUCCAAUGGAAGACAUGUGCAUCUGCCAGUGGCCGCUUCCCAAUGUUGAACAGUUUGGACUCUUUGGCAUUUUUGAUGGGCAUGGUGGAGUUGGAGCAGCCAAAUCUGCAAGCAAAAUGCUGCCUGAGAAUGUUGCUAAAAUUUUAUUCCAUCCUGAAAGGAGAGAAAGGGUUCUUUCCUGUUGUGAUGCUUCAGAUGUUCUUAGAGAUGCUUUUGCUCUAACAGAAGCUGCUAUGCAUCAUCAGUAUGAGGGUUGUACUGCAACAAUUCUUUUGAUUUGGCUUGAUCACAAGAAAGAAUUUUUUGCACAAUGUGCAAACGUCGGCGAUUCAGCUUGUAUCAUGAAUGUUGAUGGCAAGCAGAUUGCUAUGACAGAAGAUCACAGAGUAACUAGUCAGUCUGAAAGAACUCGCUUGAUUAAAGCAGGAAAACCAUUGAAAGAUGGUGAAGGACGCCUUUGUGGAUUAAACAUUAGUCGAAUGCUUGGAGACAAGUUCCUGAAGGAGCAAGACAUGCGCUUUAGCGCAGAGCCUUUUGUCAGCCAAGUUGUGCAGAUCACCAAAACAUGCAUGGCUUUUGGUUUGAUGGCAAGUGAUGGACUAUGGGAUGUUAUUAGCACAAAAAGGGCAGUGCAGCUUGUCCUUCAGAUGAAGGAGAGAUACAAUGCUAGCGAUGAGAAUUCAGCUAAUAGGAUAGCAAAUGAUGUAUUAAAUGAAGCGAGAACUUUGCGAACAAAGGAUAACACAUCUGUAAUUUUCUUGGACUUUGAUACCCUGAGAACAGAUUCUUGUAGAAUUGAUUUGUAAGUUUCAUUUUAGAGAUCCAUGCAGUUUGCUGCCUAUGUCCCAGUCAACUUUCUUCU